CUUGGUGAGGGGUGGAGUGGAGACACCCAUGAAGCGAUUCGCGAUCGGAUGAACCGAUGAGCGCGGCUGUAACCGGUUAAUUUGUUACGGAUGGAUCCGAUGGUAACUCUAAUUCCUGUCCUGGAGACAACAUUAAAAAACACCCAAUCAUUUGCACAAACGUUGUUCCAAACCAUCAAACCACCAUCAUGUUCAAAUAUACCUAUCGAAAUCAGGUCGCUUUUAGCGCUCGGCGCUAUUUGUCGAAGCAACACUCCCUUCCUGCGGCCUAUUACCGCGGAGGCACCUCGCGCGCCGUCAUGUUCAAUCAGGCCAAUCUCCCUCCUCGCUCGGAGUGGGACGCCAUCUUUCGCUCCGUCAUUGGCAGCCCUGAUCCAUACGGACGGCAGCUUGAUGGUCUGGGAGGGGGUAUCUCCAGCCUCUCCAAGGUAUGCGUGGUGGGGAAAUCCACCCACCCCGAUGCCGACGUUGAUUACCUUUUUGUGUCGUUGGGGGUCAAAAAUUCCGAUGUUGAUUACUCCAGCAACUGUGGCAAUAUGAUCAGUGCCAUUGGUCCCUUUGCCCUUGACCAAAAGCUUGUUUCUUCCCAAACGCCCGAGUCGGCUACUGUACGCAUCCACAACACCAACACGGGGAAAAUAAUCACUGCCUCCUUUCCCGUGGUGGACGGCGAGGCUGCCUCUAGUGGCGACUUUGCUAUUGAUGGCGUUGCCGGCACAGCUGCUCGGAUUCAACUAGAUUUUGUCAAUCCGGCUGGCUCGGUGACCGGGAAGAUGCUGCCGACGGGGCAGACAAGGGACGAGUUCGACGGUGUUUCAGCCACAUGUAUUGACGUGGCCAAUCCAUGCGUUUUUGUUCCAGCUAGCAGCUUGGGCGUCCGUGGUGACUUGACUCCAGACGAGAUUGCCGCUCAUCCCGACCUUCUGCAAAGGCUGGAUUCUAUCCGGCGCCAGGCGGGGGUCAAGAUGGGUAUAGCACCGACUACCGAUGCUGUUCCAGGAAGUAUUCCCAAGGUCUGCAUGGUGUCGCCACCUCAGGAGUCUAAAGCGAAGGACUCUGUCGACCUGCUUGUAAGGGCCAUCUCUGUGGGACAGCCACACAAGGCAGUUCCCAUCACUGUCGCGUUGGCUGUUUCUGCAGCUGCUCGCGUGGGAGGUAGCACUGUUGAGGAUGCAACCAACAAAGAUCGCGUCAGUGAUUCUGGUCUUACAAUUGGUCAUGCGAGUGGGAAUCUGCUUGUUGGAGCCAAGUUCGAGGAGGAUCAGCUUACGGCGGCAACUGUCUUCCGUACUGCGCGUCGUCUCUUUGAGGGCCAGAUUUAUUGGAAGAGUUAAAUAAUUCGAAACCAGAAAUUCAAUGUAAC